AUGGCGCCCGGGACUCGCCCGUCGCCGCUGCGAGAGGCCGCGCGGCGCCGCAGUCGCCGUGUGGCAGCGCGCGCGCACCCGCGUCGCGUCUACCGCCGUCCGCCGUCGCCCGCGCGCCAACCGCCCGAGCGCCGCGCGGCUCCACGGUGCGCGUAUUUCGGUCGCGAAGAGGCCCCGGGCCGCGUCGGGCGCGUUGCCCGCGCGCUGGCCGCCGUGCUCUGGUGGUGGUGCGUGGCGCUGCUGCGGCUGGUCGCGCUCUGCGCGCCUCCCCCCGGCCCGUCCGGCGUCGGCGCGCCGCCGCCGCCGUCCCCCGCCCGCGCCGCGGAAGAUGCGCCCUCGGCGCCGGCGAGCGCGGCUUGCGCAGGUGCGCCCUCCAACUCCACCGAGCCGCCGCCGCCGCCGCCGCCCGCGCCGCCCGCGCCGCUCGACCACUCCGGUCAGUACCGCUCCCGCUCGCUGUCGCCGACUCGCCGCUUUCCCGCCGACGUCACUGUGCUAGCACACCACUUUUCUCUUGCGAACCUGCUUCAUUCAUUCCUAUAG